AGAUGUAUUUAUUACAAUGAAGAUGGGUGAGUCGGAGUCUACGGAAACCUUUGUAAAAUCUAGAAACAGAAAUUCAAUGCACAUAGAAGAUAGACCUUUACGAGUUCGAAUAGUGCUAGCUGGUGCUGAAGGUGUAGGGAAAUCAUGUAUUAUAAAACGUUACUGUGAAAAGAGGUUUGUUGGAAAAUAUCUUCCUACAAUCGGAAUAGAUUACGGAGCUACCAGGAUUUAUGUUGACAGAUCACAGGUUAGCGUUCAUAUUUUCGACACAAGUGGACAAGAUAUCUUCCGAGAAGUUCGAAAUGAAUUCUACCGCGAAGCCCAUGGUGUUCUUCUUGUAAUGGACAUGACAGCAAGAUCAAGUUUUGAUUAUCUCAACGACUUGAUUACAGAAAUUAGAUCCGAGUUGUGCCUUGAGGGUCGAGGAACCGAGAACAUCGUCUUCUUUCUGGCAGCAAACAAGGCAGAUGUAGAUCCUGCAGGGUUUGAAGUAGAUGAGCUUGAAUGUAAACUCUGGGCUGAACUAUAUGGAUUCCCGUACUAUACAACCUCGGCCAAUACGGGGGCGGGUAUCACUGAUAUGUUUCAGGCAUUUUUCUCUAAAAUCGUCAAACUUGCCGAAUCAGGAAAUGGAACUAAAACCCCUCGCUCUGGAAAACGUCAGGUAUCUAACAAAUUNACAUUUUAA